AUGCCUGGGCUAUCCAGCAGCACUGGGCUCAUUGCUGCUCGUCUGCACCCCAUUACCAAACCAAAACCCAAGAAAAUUGAGCUAUCCGGAACAUCGCGACCGGCCCCUUUCACCCUCCGCCCUUUCGCCGGUCUCUUCAAUCCCUUCCCCUACGGCUGUUCAGUCCUCUGCAAUCACCCUGCGGACUGCGAGGCCAAGGAGUUCGUCAAGAGGGCCAAGGAGUCAUGGGCAACCGAGGGGAAAACCCUGCUCCUCCCAACGGAGAUGGAGUUGAUCCGAGCGACCCUCCUCGCCGGUGGAGUCCUGGACUCGUCAACCCCCCAGGAGCCCCUCGGCCAGGACGCAACGGCCACAACAACCGUUCCAGAGGAGCUAUUCCGAAAAUACACGGAGACAGACUCUCGUCCACUGACCCCCACCCCCACCCUGGCUAGUGGUCCCCUCACGGCUCACAGGAGUGCCCAGGAGGAGGUUCCGGCCACCUGCAACCCCCGCGAGCGUACGACCUUGAUCCUGGACUUGAGGACAGCCUCUCAGGAGCAGGAGACGGAGACCCUGAGCUGGCACGCGCUGACGUUGGAGCCUCCGCCGAGUCCCAGAAGACCCAGCGAGGUUUCGAAGCCCCUGGUCCCCCAGAACCGUCCAGCGGUGCCACCGCCGCCGUCCCCAGUGCAGGCGACCUCGGGGACCUUCUCGGACCACGGCUCCUCGAGGAAUGAAGACCAAGAGGAUGAUUCCGAGUCGGAGACGGGCUCCCCGAUGAAGCGGAGAGGCAAGAAGUUGAAGAAGCGAAAGUGCCGGAGGGGCUCGGCCUACGGACAGCAGAACGAGGUCAGAGGGCCGCUGGAGCCGCUGGAGACGCAGGUGUCUCAGGUCGAGGACGGCUCCAGAAGGAGCUCUGGACAGCAACAGAUGGCGGCGGAGGCGGAGGUCAAAGUGGAGAGGGCGACGACGCCUGUUCAGGAGCACCAGCCCUGCAGUUUCCUCACCCCCGAGAUCAUCAGGCACCUGGGGCGGGAGCUGGACAGGGAGACGGUGGAGGAGGAGUUCAACUUGAGGAGGAAGAUUGCCCUGGAGGAGGCGCUGAGGGUCAAGGGGGAGACCCAACCGAACUUGAAGGCCACGAGGACUCCGGCGGCUGCUCCUGUCUGCCAGAACGCUCCUAGAGUCUUCUCCAGGCAGUCCGCGAGGUUUGAACUCCUGGAUUCUGGGAGUCUGGGGCCCAUGAAGCCACUGGACUACCUCGGCAAAUUCGUCUUCUUGACUCCGGGAAGGAAGUUGAUCUUCGGUAGGACUUUCAACAAGUUUUAUGAAGACACCAUGGACGGAAUGAGGUACAUCCAACCGAAUGAAGUGAUGGAGGCGCUGGGGGAGGUCAUGGGGGGGCCGUUCACUGAGGAGCAGCUGCAGAAGUUUGGGGAUCUGCUGGGGGAUAUCAGGGAGCCACUGGAUUUUAGGACCUGGUGCGGGGUCUGCGCCGUCUGCGAGAGGCUCCUGUCGCCCCUGCCUCCCAGGGAGGUCGAUCCGCCCGCCUGGAUUGAACGAGCUGACUUCGAGGCCCUCGAGAGGAGGCUCAGGAAUGUUGACGCUGAUCCCAUGCUGGUGAAACUACUCAGGGACAUCCGGGACCUGUGA